AUGCGUGGAACAGUGGGCGUGCAUGCUCAUCUGUGGUUUUUCUUGUUUUGUGUCCUGCUCUGCAGAGGCUGUGCUGCAGGUGCUGUGCUGAAGAUUGACCCUGGCUGGUCGACUCUUUUCAUUGGAGAGUUUGUUACUCUGACAUGUGACAUUGAAGGAGCAGAGGCAGGCUGGGAAUACAGUUUCAACAAAGAUCAUCAACAAUACUCUCCUGGUUACCAAACAACUAAGUACUACAGAUUCAACAUAAAUUCCUCAAAUGAUGGUGGUGAAUAUGAUUGUGUUGGUCGUCAGAACGUUUCAUCUGAAACAGAGAAAAGUGAAACUGUCUCUUUUACUGCAGCAGUCACCAACAAGCCUGUCAUAACACGACAACCCAGCUGGCCUCAGAUAUUCCAGGGUGAGGAGAUCACUCUGACAUGUGAGGUCCAGGGAGGAGAGAAGACUGACUGGAGGUAUGACUGGUGGAGAAACUCACAAUAUCUUCAACAGAAGAAUGAAAAGGUCUUAAAAGUCACUGCUUCUCAGUCCAUCAAUGGAGAGUAUAAAUGUAUGGCCACACGCAGAGAUGACGCUUAUUCUUCAACCACAUGGAGUGAAGCCUUCACAGUGUCAGUGUUACCUCAACCAAAAGCUCAACUGGGAACCAAUAAAUUCAACAUGUCUGAAGGCAGCAGAGUGACGCUGACCUGCUCAGUGAAUCAACCAGCUGGAUGGAAAUACUUCUGGUACAGAGACUCCAAAACCUCACCCCUGAACACACAUGAUACUGAUGAGUAUCAGAGUCAGUCUGAAGUCUCACAGGAGGGACGUUACUGGUGCAGAGGAGGAAGAGGAGGAAGAGGAGGAAGAGGAGAUCCACUUUACUACACAGAGUACAGUGAUCCCAUCAGUGUCACUAAAAUAAUCCCAAACAAGGCAACCCUGACUCUGCAACACGACAGACCACAGCUCUACCAAGGAGAGACCAUCGCUCUCAGAUGUGCCAUCGAUGGAGGAAACACAGGAUGGGAGUAUGAGUGGGAAACCAGCAGUUUACUCAAACCAGCAAAUGUCAGCCAAUACAGGAUGGAGGCUCUUUCUUCACAGCACCAGGGAGAAUACAGAUGUAAAGGAAACAAGCUGAGAGGAGCACAGUCAACAGAUUGGAGCAACACCGUCACACUGAGAGUAUUAAGCAGACUAAAGCUCGUCCUCUCUGUGUCUCCAUCAUGGUUGAUUCCUGGAGCUUCAGUCACUCUGAUCUGUCACACUGAGCCUCCGUCAGCAGGGUGGAGCUUCUACUGGUUCAAAGCUGUUCCAAACUCUCAGGAUUCCUACACCUAUGAGCCUCUACCUGGUACCAGCAGUGGGACAGCAAACAAUUCCUUCACAGUUCAUGGACAGACACACACAGCAGGAUAUGCAUGUUCAGCUGGACGAGGGGAUCCGCCGAUUUACACACAACACAGUCGUCCCACAUUCGUCUGGUCUUCAGGUGUUCAUCCAUCAGCGUCUCUCACAGUGAAUCCUGACAGAGUCCAACACUUCACCUCUGAAUCUCUCUCACUGACAUGUGAAGGAAGCUCUUCCCAGUGGAGGCUGAUCCGCUUUCUGACUGACGACUCGCUGUUGAGCUUUCUUCCUCCAGCUACAAUCAAUGGAUCAACAUAUAUUAAGAAUGAGGCUCCAAGAAAAGCUGUGUACUGGUGUGAGUCUGGAACAGAGUUCAGCAAUGCAGUCAAUAUCUCCACACACUCUGAUGGCGUUAUCCUGGUGAGCCCUGUGUAUCCUGUACCUGUGGGAGAGUCUGUAACUCUCCUCUGUGUCAUGAAGACUGGAAAUAUUCCCUCUGAUGUGUUUUUCUACAAAAAUAACAAACUCAUUGAAAAUGAGAGACGAGGAGAGAUGAAGAUCUCUGCAGUGUCAGAAUCAGAUGAAGGUUUCUACAAGUGUCAGUACAAUGGAAGAGAAUCAGCACAAAGCUGGAUGGCUGUUCAGUUCACAUCCAGGCCUGGAAGCUCUUCAUCUGGCUCUCUGAUGAUCAUUCGGUGGAUUUGUGGAGUUUUCCUGCUGAUUGUUCUGCUGCUGCUGUUGUGUUUCUACAAUGGAUCAAAAGAUUCAUGCUUCAACAGGUCUCAAAGUUCACAGCAGAGCCAAACUACAGACCACAGCAGCAACCAGCUGGAAGAUCAAUGCAACACAUACGCUUCUCCGAUCCAAGCUGAUGAUAAUCCCUAUGAGACAAUCCAAGAGACUGAUUCUCCUGACAGAGAUGAGUCCAGGAAUGUGACGUAUUCUUCAAUGGAGCUUCAGGAGGUCAAGAAGGGGAAGAAGCAGAAACCAGAAGAGGGCAGCAUUUAUCCUGAAGUGAAGACCACAUCAUGGACAGAUUCCAGUGUGACCUCUGCACAAGUACACUCCAAUGAAAGUCAAGACAACAGGAGUCAAAGUUGAAUGAGGAGACUUCAUCACCACCACCAACAGAGAACUGCUUCCAGAUUUAUGGAGAGUCUCCACAAUGUCUAUACUGAGGAAGGUGGAAAAGAGGGAAACACUCUGAUCUAUACUUCUCUGAUCUGAUCAAUUAUCCCUUUGAACUGAAGAGAAAAUGUCAAAUAAAUGUAUUUUAAAAGCCAAACAGAGCCAUUAACUCUCAAGCACUGAGAUUGAAGCUCACACAUUAACUUAGAACUAACUCUGUUUGUAGUGGAUUUUAGAUCAUUGAUGAAUAUGUUAGUAUAUUAUUUCCAAAUGGUUGACAGGUAAACUGUAAAUUAAAUGUGUGGAGAAGUGAUUCCAAGAAGAUGCUUUAAACAAGGUUGUACAUUUUGUUAUGUUUGCCAAGAAUGUCUGCUUUA